CGUUGGGCCGUUAGCGCAGUUUGGGCGGUUGUCUUGGAGAAGCAAAAUGGCUGCGACGACGGCGGCCGCGGCGGCGGCGGUGGUAGCGGCGGCAGCGGAGGAGGACACGGAGCUGCGGGACCUGCUGGUUCAGACGCUGGAGAACAGCGGAGUCCUCAACAGGAUCAAGGCUGAAUUACGGGCAGCUGUAUUUUUAGCACUUGAAGAGCAAGAAAAAGUAGAGAACAAAACACCUUUAGUGAAUGAAAGCCUGAAAAAGUUUUUAAAUACUAAAGAUGGUCGUUUAGUGGCAAGUCUUGUUGCAGAAUUCCUUCAGUUUUUCAAUCUUGACUUUACCUUGGCCGUCUUUCAGCCUGAAACUAGCACAGUUCAUGGGCUUGAAGCUCGAGAGAAUUUAGCCCGAGAUUUAGGAAUUAUUGAAGCAGAAGGCACUGUAGGUGGACCUUUACUAUUAGAGGUAAUCAGACGAUGUCAGCAUAAAGAAAGAGGUUCAAUUAGUGGGGAGAAGGCCACUGAAACAAAUCAGACUGAUACAAGUAUCUCCUCAUCGUCAGAAAUAAAGACCAGAAGCCAUCAUAUCUUAGCCAGUGAAACAAAACAUGGUUCUUCCUUAAACAAUAGAGCUCUGGAUGGCAAAGACAAAAUUGGUCGAUGUCUAACUGAAAAUGAUAUGGAUGGAGAUUCCUUCUUUGAUGAUCCCAUUCCUAAGCCAGAAAAAAGUUUUGGUUGGAAAAGUGAAUCAAGCAAACAAGUAGGAAGCCUUGCAUCACUUUCUGAUGCACCUCCCUUAAAAAGUGGGCUUAGCUCCCUUACUGGAACACGUUUAUUAAAAGAAUCUGAAAAUUCGAGAGGAAGCUCGGUAUUGAGAGAUCUGAAGAUGGUCAGUGAUAAAAUUGGAUCUCUGGGAUUAGGAACUGGAGAUGAAGAGGAAUACAUGGAUGAUUUUAAUAGCACCAUAAGUCAUCGCUCAGAGAAAAGUGAAAUAAGUAUUGGCGAAGAAAUAGAAGAAGACAUUUCUGUGGAACUAGAUGACAUCAAUAUCAAUGAUAAAGUAUGCUUUUAUGUAUGCAUUGUUUUUAUUGAAUUGUUUGCUUUUUCAAGAAAUGUAUUUAAUGGACUUGUAAACUAGGGAAGCUUUAUGUAUGCACACAUUUAAAUUUUGAAGUUCAUUAAUUUGUAUUCUUGGGGGUACAGUCAGUCUGAAGGAACAGAAUAGAAUAUUCUAGAUGAGGAAAGAAAAACUGAGCUUGGUCUAGCAUGCACCCUAAAUUUUGAGAAAAAAAUUGAGAUUAUGAGAAAUACAGGUAGGAUCCCAUGGCUUAAAAUGCUUCAGGGGAAGUCAGCCUUGGGUAGGUGCUCUAGAAUUAAAUUUUGAUUACACAAAACAGUUCCAAUAAGGAGGAUAAAAUAGAUUUUCCUAAAGAGAUUGCUGUGGUUGUAUAGUAAAAAUGUCCACCAACUUAAGAGUUUUAGAAAGACCUGUAUAGAAGAUGAAAGCAAGAACAGAGAAUCAGUUUAAGUGUUGCAAAAUCUUGUAAAUUCAGUGUUGGGAAUGCCAAAGCUCAUGAGCUGAAGCCAGCAAGGGAAGCUAAAAGGGCUUUUUUUACUUAUAAUAGGAAAAAAAAAGGAAGAUCAAAGAUGGGAUCAGACCGCUUGACUUGAUGUAGAUGAGAAAUAACUAACAGAAAGAAGGCAGAGUUUUUUUUUUAAUUUUUUUUUUCCUCUGCAAAGGAGGAUAACCUUUAUCCUGGAAAUGACAUAACAAAAACGGCUAACAAUUGAAAGCCAAGAUAAAUAAGGAGAUAAUAAGAGAGUAUCUAGCUUGCCACCCUUUGUAGAAGAAUGAUUUCCGCUGGUCCUGAAGGAACUAGUAUUUUUGAUUGCUGAGCCACUGUCAUUGAUAAUGGGAAGAUCAUCAAAAAAAAAAAAAAAAGCAUUGGACUAAAUCUAAUAAAAUGAAGUUCAGUAGGGGCAAAUGUAAAGUCUUACACUAGAACAAAAGAUUAAUUCCAUUAUACAAUGAAAGAGAAUGAGUAGACAACUCUUUUGACAAGGAUCAAGAGGCUUCACUAGACUAUAAGCUCAAUUCAAGCCAGCAGUAUGAAUUGACAAUAAAAAAGCUGAUAGUCUUGGACUUCAUUAACAGGGGUCAUAGCUUUCAUGAAUUGAGAUAUGAUAGUUCUGCUAAACUCUAAACUAAACCUAAAUACUAAAUUAAAGUAUGGGAUUUAGUUCUGGGCAUGGUGGUUUAGGAAUGAUGUUUAAUGUUUGUAGAAAGGUAGCUAUGAUGAAUUAUGUCAUAUUAAGACUAUUUGAAGGAACUGGGCUUGUUUUAACUCGUAGAAAAGA